CCCGGGGACGAAGGCUCGGGAAGCGCGCGGGGAACAAGACCGAAGGAAGGAGCGGGAAGGAGAGCGCAGCCGCCGCCGGGCCCUGCGCGCCCCGGGAGCGCCGCGCGGCCCUGCCCGCGGGCUCCGGGUGUCCGCGGGGCGGCGCCGCGGAACAUGACGGCGCCCUGGGCGGCCCUCGCCCUCCUCUGGGGAUCGCUGUGCGCCGGUUCCGGGCGCGGGGAGGCCGAGACGCGGGAGUGCAUCUACUACAACGCCAACUGGGAGCUGGAGCGCACCAACCAGAGCGGCCUGGAGCGCUGCGAGGGCGAGCAGGACAAGCGGCUGCACUGCUACGCCUCCUGGCGCAACAGCUCAGGCACCAUCGAGCUGGUCAAGAAGGGCUGCUGGCUGGACGAUUUCAACUGCUACGACAGGCAGGAGUGCGUGGCCACCGAGGAGAACCCCCAGGUGUACUUCUGCUGCUGUGAAGGCAACUUCUGCAACGAGCGCUUCACCCACCUGCCCGAGGCGGGCGGCCCGGAAGUCACGUACGAGCCACCCCCGACAGCCCCUACCCUGCUCACUGUGCUGGCCUACUCGCUGCUGCCCAUCGGGGGCCUCUCCCUCAUUGUCCUGCUGGCCUUCUGGAUGUACCGGCAUCGCAAGCCCCCCUAUGGCCACGUGGACAUCCAUGAGGACCCUGGACCUCCACCCCCAUCCCCUCUGGUGGGCCUGAAGCCACUGCAGUUGCUGGAGAUCAAGGCUCGGGGGCGCUUUGGCUGUGUUUGGAAGGCACAACUCAUGAACGACUUUGUGGCUGUCAAGAUCUUCCCACUCCAGGACAAGCAGUCGUGGCAGAGUGAACGGGAGAUCUUCAGCACACCUGGCAUGAAGCAUGAGAAUCUGCUGCAGUUCAUUGCCGCUGAGAAGCGAGGCUCAAACCUGGAGGUGGAGCUGUGGCUCAUCACGGCCUUCCACGACAAGGGCUCCCUCACGGAUUACCUCAAGGGGAACAUCAUCACAUGGAAUGAACUGUGUCACGUGGCAGAGACAAUGUCAAGAGGCCUCUCAUACCUACACGAGGACGUGCCCUGGUGCCGUGGCGAGGGCCACAAACCGUCUAUUGCCCACAGGGACUUUAAGAGCAAGAAUGUAUUGCUGAAGAGUGACCUCACGGCCGUGCUGGCUGACUUCGGCCUGGCUGUUCGGUUUGAGCCAGGGAAACCUCCGGGGGACACUCAUGGGCAGGUGGGCACACGGCGGUACAUGGCCCCUGAGGUGCUUGAGGGAGCCAUCAACUUCCAGAGAGACGCCUUUUUGCGCAUCGACAUGUACGCCAUGGGCCUGGUGCUGUGGGAGCUCGUGUCCCGCUGCAAAGCUGCCGAUGGACCUGUGGACGAGUACAUGCUGCCUUUUGAGGAAGAGAUUGGCCAGCACCCGUCACUGGAGGAGCUGCAGGAGGUGGUCGUGCACAAGAAGAUGCGGCCUGCCAUCAAGGAUCACUGGCUGAAACACCCGGGCCUGGCCCAGCUCUGCGUGACCAUCGAGGAGUGCUGGGACCACGACGCAGAGGCUCGUCUGUCCGCGGGCUGCGUGGAGGAGCGGGUGUCCCUGAUCCGGAGGUCUGUCAAUGGCACUACCUCGGACUGUCUUGUCUCCCUGGUGACCUCCGUCACCAAUGUGGACCUGCCCCCGAAGGAGUCGAGCAUCUAAGCCCAGGACAUGAGUGGAUCUCCAGACUCAGUGGAUCUGAAGAGGAAAGGAAAAAAAAAAAGUUGUGUUUUGUUUUGGAAAUCCCAUAAUACCAACAAACACGUAAAAUGCAGCUGCUA